AUGGACACACUCGCUAAGUGGAUAUCCGUAUCUACAAUACUACUAUAUGGCGCAUCCGCAAAGCCAUUAGAUUGUACUGCUCUGUUCAAAGACUCCCAGGCUCUUAUAAAAGGACUCAAACCAUAUGCGUCCGAAGUCCACCCCGCAAACGUAACAUUCGUCCCAGUGGGGGAUAUAGCAUACCCUCAACCAGUGCCUGAUCUCCCAGAGUUUUGUCGAUUCGGUGCGGAAUACAAUACGUCCACUACGUCCAAAUUUCGCUUUGAAGUGUGGCUACCCGACCCCGAGCUCUGGAAUGGUCGCUUCGCAUUUAUUGGUAAUGGUGGGGAUGCUGGCGGUGUCAAUUAUGCCGACAUGGCAAUUCCUAUGACAAAAUACGGAUUUGCGGUAGCGAGCACGAAUACUGGGCACAAUGGGACUUCAGGCGACGGGACGUUUGCCAUUUCUAAUCCCGAAUCACAGAUCGAUUUCGGGCAUCGCGCUGUGCAUCUCAGUACCGUAUUUGCGAAGACGGUUGCAAAGUCGUACUACGGAAAGAGCUCUAAGUAUAAUUACUGGAUUGGAUGCUCUAGCGGAGGAAAGCAAGGCAAGGUUUUUGAUUAA